UUUGUAAAGGUGCCCAAAAUCCGCCCAGAACCAGACGCUCAGGGUCCCCAAGAAUGGGGGCCACUGUGCCCCCAGCUCUCGGACUGAUGCUUGCGGCACCUUUGUUUUGUGCUCAAACCCACGCAGGCUCACACUCGCUGCUGUAUUUCCGCACCACCGUGUUCCGGCCCGGCCUAGGGGAGCCGCGGUUCAUUUUCGUGGGCUCCGUGGACUACACGGAGUUCGUGCGCUAUGACAGCGACGCGGAGACUCCGAGGAUGGAGCCGCGGGCGCCGUGGAUGGAGCAAGAGGGGCCUGAGAGUUGGGACCUGCAGACCGAGAAGGCCAGGACUCAAGCACAACUGUCUGGAGGGAACCUGAUGACCCUGCUUCGCUAUUUCAACCAGAGCGAGGACGACCCUCACACGCUGCAGGGGAUGCGUGGCUGCGAAGUGGGGACAGAUGGGCGCCUGCUCCGCUGGUACGACCAGAUGGCCUAUGAUGGCGUGGAUUGCCUCACCCAGAAUGAGGACCUGAGCUCCGGGACAGCCACUAGCAGCACCUUAGCUCAGAUUUCGCAGGACAGUUUAGGGACCCACCUGAAGGGCAAGUGCGUGAAGCUGCUGCAGAAACACCUGGAAAAGGGGAAGGACACACUGCUGCGCUCAGACCCCCCAAAGGCACAUGUGGCCCAUCACUUCAUUCUGAAAAGAGUUACCUUUGUUACCCUGCGGUGCUGGGCCCUGGGCUUCUACCCAGCUGAGAUCUCCCUGACCUGGCAGCUGAAUGGGGAGGAACUGAUCCAGGAAAUGGAGUUUGUGGAGACCAGACCUACAGGGGAUGGAACCUUCCAGAAGUGGGCAGCUGUGGUGGUGCCUUCUGGGGAGGAGGAGAGAUACACAUGUCAUGUGCAGCAUGAGGGGCUGCCCGAGCCCCUGACCCUGAGAUGGGAGGCUGCUUGGUACAAGAACCCCAUCUUACGAAUUCCUGUCCUGUUUGUCUGUCUCAUCAUCAUUGGAGCUUUGAUGUGUUACAUAUGUAUGAAGAAGGAUGCAGGUUGGAGAAGAAGGAUCCACCCUCAGGAAGCAGGCAGGGACAGUCACCAGGACUCCGGCAAGACAGUCGUGGAUGAUGAGGCGAUAGUGGUUCCCCUGUGGAAGGCUGAGCCCUGCAAGAGUCAUCCAGGCCACUUCUUCAGACUUUUAAGAUGGCCUGAUUGGUCACCCUGAAAGACAGGGUUUCUCCAUGAAACAGUCCUGGCCGUCCUGGAACUCACUCUGUAGACCAGGCUGGCCGCAAACUCAGAGAUCUGCGUGCCUUUGCCUCCUGGAUUGAAGACUUGGGACACCACCACCAGACUCAGUCGGUUGUCUUCACAGACUUGCCUGGAUGUAGAAUCACCUAGGAGCCGCCCCUCUGGGUGUGUCUGUGAGGGUCCUUCCAGCCAGGUUUAUUUAACUGAGGAGGGAAGAACCAUGUUGACUAUAAGGUGUCUGCACUCAUUGCCUGGAGAAUCAGGAAAAAGCCAGCGGAACGCUGGAGUCCCCUUCCUCUGUUUCCUGAGCAGGGCUUGAGCAGGACAUCUCCUGCCACUGUGAACAGAGACAGCUCCACCUUUCUGUCUGGAAAAUCUGACCCCUGUCUCUUCCCUGGCUCCCACCUUUCUGUCUUGAAGGUCUGACCCCUGUCUCUUCGCUGGGUGGCUUCUCAUCAGGUAUUUUGUCACAGUCACAGGGCACAGGGUUGGAAACAAAGCUCCACCCCCUCACCCACUGUGACCUGAGU